UGUAUAUCUUACAUAUACCUGUGUAUUUUUAUAUAUAUUCUUUCUUGUAGUGUAAAAUAUAUAUUUGGUUCGUUAUCUUUACUAUGGCAACACACAAACGGAAACAUAUCAAAUCAGAAGUUGACGUUUGAUGUCAGUAUAGUUGUGAGAUCGAAUUUAAAAGCUUUUCUGACUCGAUCUUUAACUUUCGACUUGACGAUAUGUCUUUGACAUAUAGUUCAUAGUUCAAAACACAAAGUUGUAAAAAAAAAAAAUUUGACAAGCACUAUACAAUGACGCAUAAUUAGUGGAUAAUGAUAUCAAGAUGCUUAGAAGAAAGAAGAAACGUGGAGAGAAAGAGAAGAAAGUGCGGAAAAAGUGUUUGAACGAACGCGAAACAGUGUCCUACGAACAGCAAAUUCUAGACAACAAUAAACAAUUGUCGCGACUGCGAAGUCGAAAUGAAGAACUCGAACACGAAGUAAAAGUUCUAACGAAGAAGUUCGAGCAGUUGAAGGAGGAUCGAUCUGACGUCGUAGCACACUUGAAACGAAACUUGGAGGGCAAGAUAGAAGAGUCUCGAGAGCUGAGCGAACGUUUAUUGGCUUUGGAGGAAUUGAGAAAGCAGGAACAGGCCGAAUACAAGAAGAAAGAGAGCGCGAUGGAGCUUGAAUAUCGUACUAUGGAGAGUAAUUUAAGCGCGGAGGUGAAACUCGCAGCCGGGAAGCUGAACGCUUUAGAAGACUGGAGAUUAGCCCGCUUGGAUCUAAUGCACAAGUUCGAGGUACAAGAGGAGCAAAUCGCGAAACAAGAAGAGUCGCACAAAACAACGCUCUACGAAACGGAGAAAUCAGUUAUUAUUGCAAAGGCUAAAAUGCAAAAGGAGAUGGAGGAACGAUUAAAGCAGCUCGCUCAGGAAUUCAAAGAGGCGACGAAUAUUCGCAUAGCGGACAUGAUGCGCAACACGGUCAGGAGAAAUAUCGCGUUAAAUCACGAGUUGAACACGAUGCUGAGGGUUUGCGAGGAUCUGGAAACGAAGAGCGCCGAGUGCAAAGAUAAUGAUCGUGUGCUCAGAUUACAGUGCGAAUUAUUCGAGACGGAGGCGAAAAUCGCGAUGAACGACGCGAUGAAACAGAAGCGCGCGAUGCACAAGCUUGCCCAGGAACACAUAGACACGGUCUUCGAGUACGGGCGAGUGCAACGAGAAAACGCUAGGUUCAACAAUUACGAACGACUGAUGAGCGAGUACAGAGUGAUCUGCGAAGCGUCAGAGCAGAAGGUGAAGAUCCUCGAACGACAAUUACAAGAAACGAAAAAAGCCAGGGAAGAAGUCCUGAUAGAAGUGCGGAUUAAAUGCGAGGAGUUCAAUAAAUUGAAUGAGACUAUGAAGGAAGCCAAACGAUGCGUCCUGCAAGCGUUACAAGUAUAUCUCUUAUCGUUUUAUUACGCGCGGCGGAUCUGUACACGUCCGAUAAAAUGCAACGUGAUUAUCAUCAUGGAACGUGAAAAUAUGACAAGUCAGGCCGGCGGGGCGGCCGCAAUUUUGAAUAACGAUCUGGAGUUUUGGAUGACACGACUUCCGGCACCGCUCAAGGAUAUAUCUAUAAUACAUCUGGCGAUACCCGGUUCUCACGACACCAUGACUUAUACGAUUGAGAAACGCAACGGCGUGGGACCGGACGAACCGGCCUUCAUCCGUACGCUCGGUCGUUACUGCUCCUUCAUUGCCAAGCCCAUUAUUCUAAAUUGGUCUAUUACACAACGAGACGAUAUCAAGCAACAGCUCAACGGCGGAAUCCGAUAUCUAGAUUUACGCGUCGCCACGAAACCAGGAAGUAAGGACGUGUACUUCCUUCACGGUUUAUACGGCUCGGAAAUUAGCAAGCCGCUUUUGGAUGUUGCCGAUUGGCUUACCUCGCACGCGAAUGAGAUAGUCAUUCUCGACUUCCAACACUUCUAUGCCUUCACGGACAAUGAUCAUCAUCGUUUUAUAGAGAGGAUAUAUCAGAUCUUCCGCGGGAAAUUGUGCCCGGUCUCUUCCACAUUCGAUCACAUAACGCUGAGAUGGCUCGUCGCGAGUCGGUAUCAAAUGUUGGUGAUUUACAGGAACGUUUACGCGCACAAUUACACGAACCUAUGGCCGUCCGGUCUCUGGCGCACCGUGUGGCCUAACACCGUCCGUGUGGACGAACUGAUCGAUUUUUUGAACGUCGAGCUGCAGAGCAGAUCCUUGGAUAUUGCAUUCGUAUCGCAAUGCCUGUUGACGCCGGAUACGUCUUAUGUUUUAAAACAUCUGUGCGGUACCCUGCAAAGAGAUCUGGUGCCCCUCUGUCAGAAGGCGAUUCUCUCUUGGAUAAAUCAGAAACGACCUGGCCGCGGCGGGCUGAAUAUAGUUAUAGCGGACUUCGUGUCGAACAGCAACUUUCUGUUUUCCAAAACUGUCAUUCAGAGUAAUACGAAACUCCUACGCAAUUCUGUGGAAGUUUUCUAGACUAAUAAUUCACGUUUCCCGCUUAAGAGUACAAAUGCGCAACACGGCAGUCUUUAGAUACUAACGUGUCGCGUUCCACAUUAUAUAUAUAUAUAUAUUCAUCUGAUGAUGAGUAAAUAUCACCCAAAAACUGUAGAUUGUUUAGCAUAUGAUAACAAUGGUAAAACUAACGCAAAACAAGUUGCGACUAUUAACAUUAAAAUUUUUAAGAUGUAUAUUUCUAACUUACAACGGCCUAUUGUAAUCGCAGUUAUACAUAUUUAAGCUAAACACAGUGGCACGUUAUUUGGAAAACAGACGUUUAAUUAAUCUUAUAUACAAUAAAUAAUACGUAUAUUUCCGCUUUAUGCACUCUAGGAUAAGCUCAAGUCUGAUUCUUAGUACAAUACUCUCUCUCCAUAUAUUUGUGUGAUGGAUUCUUAAUAACAUAAAAAGAUAUUAGAUACACUUAUUAUGUAAUUAUAUUGAAAUAAUGUCAAUUAUUAAAUUAAUAAUAUGUUUAUCCCAGAUACGGAGAAAAAAGUUUCUUGAAAUGUUAGUACGGAUAUCUUUUGGAUACAAAUAUUACUUAAAUGUUAAUGUUUAAGGGAAACGAUUUCACUGCUAUCUUAUCAUAUUAAUUUGUUGGUAUGUAGCAUCAAAAGAGAUAUAGCAUCAUUUCUAAUGCAUGAGUAUAGUAGACGCUAAAUUUUUAUUAUGAUUCUUGUUUCAACAGGAGAAAUAUUAUAUAUUAUAUAUCUCUAUGAUAUUUAAGUAUACAAGCUGGCAGUAGAGCAAAUAAAGUAUAUGUCACACAACAA